CGACUCUCCCUGCAGCACACACCCUGUCUGGGAGGGAGAGGCGCAGAAGGGACACAACUCGCCUCACAGACUCCCGGAAUCUACUUUAAACUCAUUUUCACGCUUUUGUUUUUGAAUCUUAGACAAAGUAGAGUUUUAUUCCUUCUUUUAUAGGAGACAUACGUUUUAAGAAAGUAGCCUACGUCACAGAUUUUUAUGAAGUUUAUGAGAACUGAAUUUGCGCUGUUGAGGCGACUUUUUUUAACGUUGUCCUCAUGUGGAGCGCUCUUUGUUUUGUUUUAGUUUUAAAGUUUUAUCCCGUCACGUAUAGGCCUAUACUUCGAACCACAAGGGAAUUUUGAAACUUUAAAAUUGGCCCUUUAGAUUGGUGCCACGCUGUUUUACUAAAGCCGAAAAAACUUCAGCGCAUUUAAACCGGCAUUUGUGCGAAGAAGUGAAGUUAAAUAAAAUCGGGAUUUCGUAAUGUAUAUGUGAACGUUCCCCCCAAAUCCGAAUCGGUGUCGUUCGGAAAAGGGGAGAAUUUGAUGGAGGUUUUAUGUGGGACCCGCUAGGAUGGACGUGGUAGAUGAAACAGAGGCUUUACAAAGAUUUUUCGAAGGUCAUGAUAUUACCAGUUCUCUGGAGCCAGCCAACAUCGACACCAGUAUCCUGGAAGAGUACAUCAGCAAGGAGGACGAUAGCACUGACAUCUGUUUCUCAGAGGUCCACAGCACCCCAGGACCAAAUUAUUCAUCUCCUCAGGCAGGAGUGUCCUCCUCUGGAGGAUUGGUGUGUGGUGUGAGUCCCCCUAUUCCUCUGCGCCAAGGAGCCCCUCCAGCCGGGCCCCCUAGUUGUCAGAACGCCUACCCCCAGGGUCCAUCUCUAGGGCUCCGACACGGUUACCCCUGCCUGGGACAACAGCAGCAGCAGCAGCAUCAGCAGCACCAGGCUCACGUCAAGCCAGAGCACCGGGGCCAUUACGCUCCAGGGACUCUUCCUGAGUCCCCACCAGACUCCAGCUCUGAGCCUUAUUCCCCUCAACAGGUGAAUGAUCCUCACAUGAUCAGAACCAUGACUCCAGAGAAUAUGUGCCAGAUGACUCCAACGCCGCCUCUCCCACCACACGGUCACUAUCCUGGCAUGCAUCGAGACAUGUACCUAAAGCCAGAGCCCAUGAUCUCGCAGUAUCAUAUCGGCCCAGCAACUAGUGGGGGUGGGGAGAUGCAGCAGACACAGAUGCUCCAUCAGCUGCUGCAGCAUCCUCAGGGGCAAGACAGCAUCUCUGUUCAUCAAACCAAGAAGAGGAAGCACUCUGAAUCUCCCAACAGCACCUCGAAUUCCCAAAUCCUCACAGGUAUCAUCAAACAAGAACCAGGUUUAAUGCAGGACGCAGACAACUCCUACCUGGACCCAAACUAUCAGUGCAUCAAGUGGCAACCUCACCAGCAGAACAAAUGGACACCCCUUUAUGAUGCCAACGGCAAGGACCUACCGAUGCCAACCUACCGCGUUGAUGCUGACAAAGGCUUCAACUUCUCCUUGGCUGAUGAUGCCUUUGUAUGCCAGAAGAAGAACCACUUCCAGGUCACAGUGUAUAUCGGGAUGCUUGGAGACCCUAAAUAUAUCAAGACGAAUGAAGGCCUGCAGCCCAUAGACUGCUUUUAUCUCAAACUACAUGGAGUGAAGGUGGAAGCCAUGAAUCAAUCGAUCAGUGUGGAACAGUCACAGUCUGACCGCAGCAAGAGGCCUUUCAAGCCAGUGCUGGUCACGUUGCCCCCUGAGCAGGUCACCAAAGUUACAGUAGGACGACUCCACUUCAGCGAGACCACAGCAAAUAACAUGAGGAAGAAGGGCAAACCGAAUCCUGAUCAGAGGUAUUUCAUGCUGGUAGUGGCCCUGCAUGCACAGUCCCACAGUCAGAGCUACACUGUGGCUGCACAUGUGUCUGAGAGGAUCAUCGUCAGGGUAACGUCUGGCCAUGCAUCCAACCCAGGCCAAUUUGAAAGUGAUAACGAGGUUCUGUGGCAGCGUGGGCAGCUGGCAGACUCCGUGUACCACCACGGCAGAGUCGGCAUUAGUACAGACCGUCCAGAUGAGGCUCUCGUUGUGCACGGCAACGUCAAAGUCAUGGGAUCCCUUGUCCAUCCAUCAGACAUCAGAGCAAAAGAAAAUGUCCAGGAGGUUAACACCACAGACAAUUUGAAACGGAUUUCUCAGAUGAGGCUGGUUCAUUACCAAUACAAACCUGAGUUUGCUGCGACUGUGGGCAUAGAGAACACAGCAGAGACAGGUGUCAUUGCUCAGGAAGUUCAGCAGAUCCUUCCUGAAGCUGUUAAGGAAGGAGGUGAUGUCGUUUGUGCCAAUGGAGAAACUAUUCCCAACCUCUUAGUUGUCAAUAAGGAGCGUAUCUUUAUGGAGAAUGUUGGAGCUGUGAAGGAGCUCUGCAAGUUGACGGACAACCUGGAGACUCGCAUAGACGAGCUUGAGCGUUGGAGCCGCAAACUGGCCAAGCUGCGGCGCCUUGACAGCAUGAAGAGCACAGUGAGCGGCAGCACAGUGAGCCAGUCUGGAAGUUAUUUUAGCAGAACAGGAAGUGGUCCACUCAAGAAAAAAACAGUCAAACCUGGGAGUAAGACCUCACCUCUUGACCAGGGCUGCAUCAGUCAAAGGUUCAUACAGGGAAUCAUCCUGGCUCUUCUUAUUGUCAUGGCCUUCAGCGUCAUUUCGAUGUCAGUCCUUUACGUUCUUACUCUUCACCAUAGAGGAGCCAUCACAGAGAAAGAUGGCUAUGUUUCUUCUUGUGUUCUCUACAUCUCAUGGAUGCCUAUCUUCACUGCUACUAUAAAUGUCUGUCCGCCUGUCUGCACAUGGUCAAGAGUUCCACUGGAAUCAUCCCACAAGAAUCCUUUAACUUCAGUCUCUACCACACCUGCACCAGCUUGCUGUUCAACUACAGCUGUGAACAACCAAUCAGCAACCACUCUGACAUUGAGUAGUAACCAAUCCACAUCUGGUUUGAGCAUUCCAGUUCCCACUCCUGGUGCCAUCGUUAAAAAGGCCAAGUCCAGGCAAAUGGACAAAGAUGGCCACAACAGGAACCGUCUCAGCCACACAUCAGCACCCAUGUACUUUGCCAAGUCCAAGAGACCUGUGUCCCCAGAUGCAGAGGGAGUGGGAACCACCAACCGUUUGCCUCCAGGUCAACAGCCAGCACCACGGAGACAACGCAGCCUGCAUGCUAAAGGAACAGUGACAGCUCCGUCUCUAAAAAGUGUUCACAUUGUGGAGACAAACCAAGAAAUCACCUCACAAAGUUGUGAGUCAGCGAAAAGCUGCAGCUACACUCUAUCACUUAGGGGACAAAAAAAUCAUUCCAUACCACAAAUUACACUACACAUGAUGUCAAGAAAUAGUGUAUGGGUGAAACAAUGUGGAGCCACCAAAGGACGUUUAUGUCCCAACCACACAGAGUCAGAGCUCUAUAGUGGACAGAGUACAUCUACAAAGGGGACUCAUCACCUCUGGUCAGUACCCGUUUCGUCUUUCCAAGACGUCACCUAUCACUUCCGUGUCUCUCACUCUGGAGAAGUGAGUUGUGCCACAGAAGAAAAAAUCCCAUUGCACUCUGACUACCAUUUUCUGAUUCAAAGCAGCUGUGUGUGAAGAGGAAGUUGAUGUGUGCCUGUUUCUUCACACUUCAUCAUGUAUUUCCUGUUUGUGGUUCUGGAUGCAGACUGUAUGAUAGAAUGAUCUUUCCUUAUUACUGUAUAUAAUUUUAAAGAUUUUCAUGAUGAACAAAAUUUACCACUGUUCCAACUGCAAUCUGUACCAAAUUAAUUUUUAGUAAGUGAUUCCUGAUUCCUGUGAUCACUGGAGUACAGCACCCUCCAUUGUUGUUGGCACCCUUCGUUCAAAAUGUGUAAAAAUCCGGAAAAUAGCUUCAGUUGUGAUUGCUCUGGAGUGAAAUGUGUGUGAUUCAGACUGAAAGAAACUCUCAUGCCAAAAGAUGUAUUCAUGGCAAUGUGUGAACCAAUUACAGACAGAGGGACCUUUAAGCGUUACUCUUUGCAUCAUAUUUUUACGUAGUCUAAAUUUCCACAUUACAUUUUGAUCUGCUCUCUUAAAUUCAUCCCACAUGUUUUUAAUUGCAUUCAGGUGCUGUUUUGGAUCAUUAAACUACUGAAAGUACCAAUGAUGAUCCAUUAUCAGUUUUCACAGGAGCCACCGGAUUUUACUCAAAACAUUCUGGAAAUUCGGACAGUUUAUGUUGAUGUGCACUCGAACAAGGCCUUGGGAAGAUGACCAGGCAAACAACAGUGUAGAUCUGUUGUCACACUAAACAGUGGGCAUUAUGUGGCUUUACAAAUAUUUAUCACGUGUUACUGAUUUGUUGUUGCUACGGAGAUUUUAUUUUGGAUAUAUUUUAUGCCCUUUACUAUCUUGCUUUUGUGGGGGGGUAGCGAGAUGAUGUAUUCUCAUUUAGCCUUUUUGAUUGCAGCUUAAGUUGUUUUAAUUUGUUUAUUAUUAUUUCUCUAUAAAUAGAUGAUCAAUACGGGGGAGAGAUGUUCUCUUGUUUUUUGUAUUUUAUGGAGUGACUAGAAGCAAUGGGGCUCCUUGUGAUGUCAUGCUGAAAACAAAAAGUAAUUUCUUAAAGUUAAUUUUAGUUAAUUAAUUAUACGACACUUGCUGCAGUCUCCAUUGGUGAUUUCAUUAAAAGGUAUUAUUUCUUAACACAUUCUUUUUGGAACUGAGUAAAUGUUUUGAAAUGUUUUUUUAAGAUUUGUGUGAGAUUACAGAACUGCAAGAAAGAUUUCUAUAUUUUUACACAUUAUUUUUAGCAGGGCUGCCAGUAAUUAUGGAGGCUGCAAUAUGACACACUAAAUACUGUAACGCUCAUGAUCCAAGCAAUAUCCAAAAAUAUAUGGUUAUCUUUACAUUUGAUCAAAAUGUCUUCCAGCUAUAGCAUAAGCCAAAAAUAUAUAUGCCUUUGGUAUUGAAUAUACCUCAGUUAGAGAGCGCUGGUAAAUCCUUAAUCUCCACAGUGGAGCUUCAUGUUGAGGCUGCUACUGGCGUCUACACUGUCCACUUCAUCUUUAUGGAAAAAAUAAAUUAAACACUGUUUGGAGUUAUAACACUGAAUGACUCAUUAUAAAAUGUUUAUGCAUUUGGCUACGCUGAAGUUGCUCCUUAUAGAAAGGUGUAGUGGAAAUAUGAGAUGAGACCCCUGAGCCAAGUCUUGUGCAAAAUCACUGGAAGAUAUUUGUGUAGAAUAAAACUGGAAACAAGAACAAAUCACUGGAAACAAACAUGAUGGUACACUGUUGCUUUUAGGAUGCGGCGGAGGAACAAAAGUCUUUUACUGACAAUAUGUCCACCAACACUGGAAUAGCUUACACUGUACUUUUUUAACUGGAGAAUGCUGGUGAGGUAUAAUUGGUAUAAUUGCAAAUUUCAGGUGCAAUUUCAGGUGCAUGUCCAAUCAUUUCUCUAAGUACUACAUCAUGGCUUUGAGGUUAGAUGUCUUCUGGUGUAUUUUACCUUUUGGAUCAUGGAACUGAGUGUUUGAAAGGGCAAUGAUAAAUUUGAAAAUUUUGCACUGGUUUUACUCUUCUGUGUACUUUGUUGGAUCACUAUUAAACAUUUUCCCCAUGCCUUAAACAAACUAAGACUAUGCAGUGAUAGAGUUUUUAUUACAUCUGUAUUAUAUGAUUUCUUGUUUUUAAUUUUCUUUUUUAUUUCUAAUAUCUUUUUGACAUUUUUCUGACAUAAUGUGUUGAUUAAAAACUGUUAUGUAUUGUGUGUUUAAAACAUCUAUAAUCAGGAAAAACAACAACAAAAAAGUAACUCAAAGAUAACUAGCAAAGAACGGAAAGAACAGCCAUCAAACAGAGAUUAUAGCAUUUAUAAUAUAGACUGUGUGAUUCUUUCACUGUACUCAUGUGGGUAGAGGGUACUAUUUUAGCUAUUUAAAAAGCACCAGUUAGCAUAAACCACUGUAGCACUUUUGUCACUGUAUAUAAAUAUAUAUAUGAACUGCUUUUGCUUCAGCCAAUGCAUGAGGCUGAUGUCAGAUUCCCAAGGUAGAACUGCAUUCCAUAUUAUUCUGUUGCAUCAUUUUAUACCUCCUUUUUAUCUGAUGUGCUUUAUUUUUUCUGGGUUUUUUUAAUCAAUAAUAUAUUAACUUAGGGUAAGAUGGGCACACAUUUGCAAUUUUAAAUCUAUUUGAAAAAAGAAGAAUAGCAUAAGAAUGAAGUUUAUUUCCUGGAAUAAUAUCACUACUUUUAAAAAAUUUUUUAUUAAAGCUUUUUUUUUGGGGUCAAAAAUACGCUGUAAUACUAUGAUUGCAUGCAGCAAAUAAAUUGAUUAUUGCAUUGUCUGAA